GCCAGCCCCUCCCUUUCCGCGUGUGCGUGUGCUCGGCUCUGCUCUUCAGACUUGCCUGCCUGUCACUUCGCUUGUGUCGGAAGGCUAGGCUACGCACCUCUCGAUCGGACCCCCGUACGGAGAGCCAGCCGCCGUCGUACCCCCCUUCCCCCGAGGCUCGGGCUCGCCCCUCACGGCACCAACCAUGGCGACCACCGCUACGUCCACCCGGUUCACUGACGAGUACCAGCUGUACGAGGAGCUUGGGAAGGGAGCUUUUUCAGUGGUGCGCCGAUGUGUCAAGAAAUCUUCCGGGCAGGAAUACGCCGCCAAGAUCAUCAACACCAAGAAGCUUUCUGCACGAGACCACCAGAAACUGGAACGUGAGGCUCGCAUCUGCCGGCUGCUUAAACACCCCAACAUUGUGCGACUGCAUGACAGUAUUUCAGAAGAGGGCUUUCAUUACCUUGUCUUUGACCUGGUGACAGGAGGGGAGCUUUUUGAAGACAUCGUAGCCAGAGAGUACUACAGCGAGGCCGACGCCAGUCAUUGCAUUAGUCAGAUCUUGGAGAGUGUCAAUCAUAUCCACCAGCAUGAUAUUGUGCACAGAGACCUCAAGCCUGAGAACCUGUUGUUGGCCAGUAAAAUGAAGGGCGCUGCAGUUAAGCUGGCAGAUUUUGGUCUUGCUAUUGAGGUGCAGGGAGACCAGCAGGCUUGGUUCGGCUUUGCGGGCACGCCUGGCUAUUUGUCUCCAGAAGUCCUUCGGAAGGACCCGUAUGGCAAACCUGUGGACAUAUGGGCUUGUGGUGUUAUUCUCUAUAUAUUGUUAGUUGGAUAUCCUCCAUUCUGGGACGAAGAUCAGCACAAGCUCUAUCAACAGAUCAAAGCCGGGGCCUACGAUUUCCCCUCCCCUGAGUGGGACACAGUGACCCCCGAGGCGAAGAACCUGAUCAACCAGAUGUUGACUAUCAACCCGGCCAAGCGAAUCACUGCCGAGCAGGCUCUCAAGCACCCAUGGGUCUGCCACCGCUCCACAGUGGCUUCAAUGAUGCAUAGACAGGAAACUGUCGAGUGUCUCCGCAAGUUCAAUGCUCGCCGAAAACUCAAGGGAGCCAUCCUCACCACCAUGCUGGUGUCCAGAAACUUCUCAGUGGGCCGGCAGCAUACCAACUCUGCUGCUGCCGCCUCCUCCACUGCCUCACUGGCUCAGGAAGCAUGCAAAAGUUUACUCAACAAGAAAUCUGACUCUGCUAAGCCUUCCACCAACAACAGUAAGAACAGUAUAGUGAGUGCCAUCAAUGCCCUGAAAGACACCAACAUGGCGACCAACGCUCAGAUGGAAUCCCAAAGCACAGUGGUGCACAACCCUCCCGAUGGCGUCAAGGGGUCAACUGAGAGCAAUGCCACAAAUGAUGAGGAAGAAAUGAAAGCGGACAGUUCAGCGCUGAGUCUGUGCAGCGCCACCGAGGAGAUGCCCCCACUUCUGCCCUCACCUCAAAGCUCACCUGCCAUACCACCGCAUGAUGUAAAGCGCAUGGCUUGGAACAGCUCGGGUAAUGGCGACUGUGAUCAGUCCUGUCCGCCCGCCGCCGCCAACACCGCUGCUCCUGUAGGGGGCAACAACUCUGCCGCUGCUAAAUGCAACGUUAAGCAGACCCGCAAACAGGAGAUCAUCAAGAUCACCGAGCAGCUCAUUGAAGCCAUUAACAACGGCGACUUUGAAGCCUACACGAGGAUUUGCGAUCCUGGGCUCACUUCCUUCGAACCUGAGGCUUUGGGCAACCUGGUUGAGGGCAUGGACUUUCACAAGUUCUACUUUGAAAACUUGCUGAGCAAGAACAACAAGCCGGUGCACACAACCCUGCUCAACCCGCACGUGCACCUGAUCGGCGAGGACGCGGCAUGCAUCGCGUACAUUCGCCUCACGCAGUUCGUAGACUCCGGCGGCCGCCCGCGCUCCAGCCAAUCGGAGGAAACCCGCGUUUGGCACCGCCGCGACGGCAAGUGGCUCAACGUUCACUUCCACUGCUCGGGAGCGCCCGCCGCGCCACUACAGUGAUCAGUGGUCCUGAGCCUCCACACUGCUGGUGGAGGUGUUUUGGGGGGCAGUUUUUUUCCGGCGAGUGUAUUUCGGGGGCCCGUCCCCCCCGCGUGGAUCGGCUAGCGCCAGGAGCCCGGCCGGGCCAGACGGCGUCCCCGUCCACGACCACCAACCAACCCCGUCUCUCCUUUGACCCCGCCGGGGGGCGCCGGCCGAGCACAAGACAACGCCCGGCCCCCCCUGCCGCCCGCCGCCGCCGCCGCCGCCCCCUCCCCCCACGUGGGAUGUGAUGCAUGCAUCUUGGCGCCUGCCUGAUCGCGGAGGGCGCGUCUUUGCCCUCUCGCACCUCCCCUCGGCGGCCGGAUGAGGCGUCGCGGGGGAGGAUGCGACUUACACUUGUGACAGUUUAUGAGUAUGAGUUAUGAAUAUACUGUGUAAAUUAUGACUUAGAUGUUCCAGAAAACCACCAAAACCCCAGCAAGCAUUUAUCUUGUCUGUGUGAUAAUGGAAGAGCGCAGAUGUUGGCUUUUGUCGCGGCACGAAAAGCGCUCGUGACCCGCGAGUUCACGCAAAGAGAGAAAAAGAGAAAAUCGGGGGGAAGCGUGCGGACGAGUCCGAGCGGGUGACGACGAACUUGAUAUCAUGAAGCACCAAAGUGUAGAACUUUAGGCUUUUUACGUGUUUUAGUUGAGUGUGCCCGUUUUCUCUCCUGACUCUUUGGGAAAACUCUGAUUUCAGCUUGUGUUGUGUUUUUAGCGUCCUGUGACGAGCCUUUUCUCUUUAUUUUUGGUUUUUCCUUCUGUUUUUUUUUUUUUUUUUUUUUUUU